UUCCGGACUGUUGCAGAUAUCCAGGAGUUUUACGAGCUGACGUUGCUCGAUGAGUCGAAAUCGGUGCAGCAGAAAACGGCGGAGACGAUCCGCAUCGCCGACAAAUGGGAAGCCAGCGAUGGGCCAAUUACGCCGACCUUCGCUCAAAAUGACGGUGGUCCAGACUUCCCGGUGAACCAGACUCUGUCGAACAUUUAUGGCCGUAAGUCGGCCAGUCCAGAGGCUCCAGACCACGUAGACGAAACUCAGAAGACCCGUUACGCUGGUGGAGGAGUAGAGGAGCAGCUGCCACCACCGCCGUCGCCACCCCAGUUGAAAGAGGCGAGCCAGCUGGAUGGAGUUCCUAGACCGAAUUCGGUCGAUCGUAUCCUACAUCCCGACGGUAGCCAGCACAUCCUAACUAGCCACGAUACUCUGAACAAGAGUCACGACAGCUGGCAAGGACACGACGGAGACCAGGCACACACGCCCCUACUUGCGGCUGACACGAGACAUGUGAACGGAGACGAUGACUGGGAGUACGAGGAGAUCGUGCUCGAGAGGGGUGGCGCCGGGCGGUUCAGCAUCGCUGGGGGCACGGACAAUCCACACUUCGGCAACGACACUGCCAUUUACAUCACGAAACUUAUACCCGGCGGUGCCGCGUCCGCUGACGGCCGUUUACGCGUCAACGACACGAUACUCCAGGUGAACGACGUUUCCGUGGUCGACGUGCCACACGCGGCUGCCGUCGACGCGCUCAAACGGGCGGGGAACACCGUUAAACUAUACGUACGCCGACGGAGACACACGCAGCUGAUCGAAAUCGAGCUAAUUAAGGGUAACAAGGGACUCGGUUUCAGUAUCGCCGGUGGUAUCGGCAAUCAGCAUAUACCUGGCGACAAUGGGAUCUACGUAACGAAAAUUAGAGGCGGUGCCGCACAAGUGGAUGGCCGUCUUGUCGUUGGGGACAAAUUGGUGGCCGUCAGAAAUGCUCUGCAGGGCGACAAGAACCUGGAGAACGUGACGCACGAGGAAGCGGUGGCGACGCUCAAGGCGACCCAGGAUCGCGUGGUCCUUCUCGUGGCGAAACGAACCGGAAUCGUGCCGCCGCCACCACCCCCAAUAGCCUCGGACAAUUCACUCUCGCCGCAACCACGAAAACAAAAUGGUUCCGUGUCAGCGCUGGAGAACAACUCGACGCUGCCGUAUUCACAAGAAUCACGUCACGCGUCUUCUCUUGCUCUCCAUGGAGCGGCCACGCCACGAGCAGUUUCUCAGGAGGACGUAUCACGAGAGGUACGUACAGUCGUGCUCAACAAAGGCUCCUCCGGACUGGGUUUCAACAUCGUCGGUGGCGAAGAUGGCGAGGGAAUUUUUAUUUCCUUCAUCCUAGCCGGGGGCCCGGCCGAUCUCAGCGGUGAACUACGUCGUGGCGAUCAGAUACUCAGUGUCAAUGGCAUUAAUCUUCGGACAGCCACCCAUGAAGAGGCCGCCGCGGCCCUCAAGGGCACCGGGCAGACAGUGACGAUCGUGGUACAGUACAAGCCCGAAGAUUACAACAGAUUCGAGGCUAAGAUCCAUGAUCUUAAACAACAGAUCUCUCAACAGAAUUUGAUGACAGGCACCCUAAUGAGGACCUCGCAAAAGAAAUCGCUUUACGUCAGAGCGUUGUUCGACUACGAUCCCAACAAGGACGACGGCUUGCCGAGCCGUGGUUUGGCAUUCCGUUACGGUGAAAUCCUACACGUGACGAAUGCCAGCGACGACGAGUGGUGGCAAGCCAGAAGAGUGACUCCUCAGGGCGAGGAGGAGGGUCUCGGCAUAAUACCGUCGCGCAGGCGAUGGGAACGGAAGCAACGCGCCAGAGAUCGUUCCGUCAAGUUCCAAGGCCACAUGCCGGUCAUCCUCGACAAGCAAUCAACACUGGACAGAAAAAAGAAGAACUUCUCGUUCAGCAGAAAGUUCCCGUUCAUGAAGAGCAAGGACGAUAAAUCGGAGGACGGUUCGGACCAGGAACGGUCGCCCACGACACCCGAGAACGAAAACGAUCCUACACCAUUCAUGCUGUGCUACACCCAGGACGACACUAACACCGAAGGGAGUAGAGAAAUUUUAUAUCGCGUCGAACUGCCUUAUAUGGAGGAACUGACGUUAGUUUAUCUGGAAAAGGAGGACGAUGACAAUAAUGACGAGUUUAGCAGCGAAGAAAACGUGCUGUCGUACGAGGCAGUCCAGCAGCUCACCAUACAGUACACACGACCUGUCAUUAUCCUCGGUCCUCUCAAGGAUCGCAUCAACGACGACCUCAUCUCGGAAUUCCCCGACAAAUUCGGCAGCUGUGUGCCACAUACAACGAGGAGUAGAAGAGAGUACGAGGUGGAUGGACGUGAUUAUCAUUUUGUCGCAUCUAGGGAACAGAUGGAGAGGGACAUUCAAAAUCAUUUGUUCAUCGAGGCCGGACAGUACAAUGACAAUCUUUAUGGCACGUCUGUGGCGUCCGUGCGAGAAGUCGCUGAAAAAGGAAAACACUGUAUUCUGGACGUGAGUGGAAACGCUAUCAAAAGGUUACAAGUGGCGCAGCUGUAUCCCAUCGCCAUCUUUAUUAAACCAAAAUCCGUGGAAUCAGUUAUGGAAAUGAACAAGAGGAUGACCGAGGAACAAGCGAAAAAAACAUAUGAACGAGCACUGAAAAUGGAGCAAGAGUUCGGAGAAUAUUUUACUGCCGUGGUGCAAGGCGACACACCGGAAGAGAUCUACGUAAAGGUGAAGGAGGUGAUCGCCGAGCAGUCAGGCCCGAACAUUUGGGUACCGUGCAGAGACCAGCAACUGUGACGUCCUGCCCCCCACGCUCAGCCCGGUCCAAACGCUUGGACCCUACCUCCGAGGCGUCAAGCUUAAUUACUCUUAAUAAAAAUAACCGAGUAACUCUCUAAUGCCUUCCCCGUUCCCAUCCUGAACCCGUCCCACCUCACUCCACCCCUGUUGCCCUGUUACACACCCAAUCGAGUAGCACAAUGUCCCAGUUAAGGCGUUAGCCGCGCACCAAGCUCGUCGAAAAGAAAAGACUUUGUAUCGUGUAAACGCUGAAAGUAAUACGAGGAGGAAUAUGCCCGCAAAGUUUCACUGGGAGGCGAUUAUUAGAUUAAGGAGAGGAUUAAAGAAAGAAUAAUAAUAAUAAUAUUAAUAAUAAUAAUGGAGUAUGUUUCGAAGAAAGAAUGUUCAGAGUCUCUCCGCGAUCGUUCACGCCGUGACAAAAUGUUUCAUUGUUAAUCGAUAAAAUUAUUGUUGAAAAACGAUAAAACGAUAAGUUGGUGGCGUGUUCUAUAAUUGUUAUCCGUUUCGAUGAGAGACAUCUGAAUAUUUAAGUUUUUAAGAAAGAUUGUUAGGCAGAGGAUACAUACAUACAUGUUAUAGCGUUAAUAUCAGAAGUGUUUCGUCGUAUCACGAUGUUUUCUCAUGGUUUCCAUGUGACGAGUGGAUUUGUUGAAAAGAGCGUUGUCGUGUAUGCGUAUCUCCGCACUUGAAUUUUAUCACUGUGUUAGGACGUCAGGAACGAAUACACGAUACUUUGAUUAUUGAACUGAUUCUUCUUAUUGCGACGAAAAUAUUGAACACGUAGUCGUUUUAUAACACUAAACACUUUAUAACAAUAAAUCCUGAUUUUUGUUGUAAAAUCAAAAGAGCACAUGAUCGUGUAUUCGUAUCAGAGAUGAUUUUAAUGUUUGAUUGACGACAACUCGACUCGGCACGACGAAGCUGAUACGUUGAGCAGUUUUAUCGAAAGACUCGCGUCGUAGUUCCUCUUCGACUGAUCGCGAACUGCGACGCGUUUUGUGUAUGUUACAUUGUAUGUAUACAGUUCACGUUUGGAAACAUGAUGAGAGAGAGAGAGAGAGAAAGAGAAAGACGAAUAACAAACGAAUGAUCGACACUCGGUUGAAGUCGAAAAAGGCGAAACGAAAAAGAAGAACGAGCGACAAAACGAAAAUAAAAUAAAGUAAAAUAAAAUAAAAAAGAUAAUAGAUGUUUAAGAUAGAUAUUCGUCGCGAUUGUUUGUAAGACGCGCACAGCACGUUAGACGCUUAUAAACAAAGAAUUUUUUCACGCGCAAAUCGCGACGAUUAAACGACAAUGAAACGAGACAAAGUACGAGAUACGCUGAGAAAAUAAAGUAAACGGAAAUAAAAAAAAA